UAAACCUUAACCUAUCAUUAAAUAGUUAUACAACAAUUAAAUACCAUUGUUCUUAAAAGUUACUAAUGAAAAGUGCAGUGCAUUAGAAUGAAAUAAAACAAAAUAUGCUUCGCUCGAUUUUGUUUAUUUUAUGGUGUUUCAGACUUACAUUUCUUGUAACAGCUUCAGAUGAAGUUAAAGGAGAUAAAAAUGUAGUUGUUGACUGUAGUACGCUACGUUUAGGGCAGUUUAUUUGCCCUGAUCCUACCUUUAACCACAUUGAUCCUGAUACUCAGCAACUUCGAGGUUGUACCAAAGGCACUGUCGUGCCUUCUGAAGGAGAAGCAGAUGUCCGAUGCAUCGCUGCUGAUGGAAUAAUUUGUAAUGAAACUAAUAAUUCAACAUUCACUCGAAAAAUGCCAUGUAAAUGGACGAAUGGAUAUUCUUUAGAAAUUGCCUUGUUGCUGUCUGUAUUUUUAGGGAUGUUUGGAUUGGACCGCUUUUAUUUAGGAUAUCCUGGCAUAGGACUGGCAAAACUGUGUACUCUUGGGUUCAUGUUUCUAGGUCAACUACUAGACAUUAUACUUAUAGCAGCACAGGUAGUUGGGCCAUCUGAUGGUUCUGCUUAUGUUAUACCCUACUAUGGAGCUGGUGUUAAUGUAAUAAGAAGUGAUAAUGAUACAUAUCUACUACCACAAACAGACUGGCACAAUAUUACUUGACAGUGGGGUAUAAUCUCUUUUGAGGUCGAUGAAGAGUAUGAUUGGACUUAACAGUGAAUAUUUCUUCACAUAAUAUUGUUAUAGUAGUGCUAUCUCAAAAAAGAUCUUCCUGUCCUUAGUAUUAAUUGCAUCUAAUAGUUUUAAAAUUAACAAUACAUAAAUGAUAAAUUGAAAACUCUUAAAACUUUGUAAUUUGUUCUAUAAUUCUAUACAGUUUUAACUUAAAUGUUAUUGUAUAAAGUGUAAAUAAAUCUUUACAUAAGU